CUGAAGAACUGCUGGAGACAAUCUUUCUGGACUCGGCGCUGGCGGAGGGAGUGCUUGCAGGGGGUUGGCCUGGUGCAGUUUGCACCGUGGGGACGCUGCUGCGCGUGGAAGAUCUGAUUCAACCAUUUUACACCAAAAAGUCCAGUGAAGACCUGCUUUGAACCAGAAGAAAAGAUGUUUGGUUUUCACAAGCCAAAGAUGUACCGAAGUAUAGAGGGCUGCUGUAUAUGCAGAGCCAAGUCCUCCAGCUCGCGGUUCACGGACAGUAAACGUUACGAAAAGGACUUCCAGAGCUGUUUUGGGUUGCAUGAGACUCGCUCAGGAGACAUCUGCAACGCCUGUGUGCUGCUUGUGAAAAGAUGGAAGAAGUUGCCGGCAGGAUCAAAAAAAAACUGGAAUCAUGUGGUAGAUGCAAGAGCAGGCCCUAGUCUAAAGACAACAUUGAAACCAAAGAAAGUGAAAACUCUAUCUGGAAACAGGAUGAAAAGCAACCAGAUCAGCAAACUGCAGAAGGAAUUUAAACGCCACAAUUCUGAUGCUCACAGCACCACCUCAAGUGCCUCUCCUGCCCAGUCUCCAUGCUACAGUAACCAGUCAGAUGAGGGCUCAGAUACAGAGAUGGCUUCCAGCUCUAAUAGAACUCCGGUUUUUUCCUUCUUAGAUCUUACCUACUGGAAAAGACAGAAAAUAUGUUGUGGGAUCAUCUAUAAGGGCCGUUUUGGGGAAGUCCUCAUCGACACUCAUCUCUUCAAGCCUUGCUGCAGCAGUAAGAAAGCGACUGCUGAGAAGCCCGAGGAGCAGGGGCCGGCCCCUCUGCCCCUCUCCACUCAGGAGUGGUGACUGAGGUUCAUUUAGAAGGGAGCAAAGAGCGGUUUAAACUUUGAAAAGA